AUGUCCGCCCGCCGCGUCAAGGUCGCCGCGGCCGCCGAUGCGCCGCGCCCCGGCCAGCUCGCCGCCUUUACCUUCUCGGGCGAGGGCGACGACGCGCUCAAGGUCCUCGUGCGCAACGUCGGCGGCACGCUGCACGCCACAGCCAACAAGUGCACGCACUACGGCGCGCCGCUCGAGAAGGGCUGCAUGGCCGCCGACGGCUCCGUCGUGUGCCCGUGGCACGGCGCGCGCUUCGGCAAGGACGGCGACAUUGAGGAUGCCCCCGGCCUCUCGUCGCUGCGCAAGUACGCCGUCGAGCAGGACGACAACGGCGACGUGUACGUCACUGCGAGCGAGGACGACGUCAAGAACGGCCACGUCGCGCCCGAGGCGGCCGCCGGCGCGCAGGGCGAGGGCCGCGGGCUCGUCAUCGUCGGCGGCGGCGCCGUGGGCAUCAACUGCCUCGAGAGCGCGCGCAAGAACGGCUACACCGGCCCCAUCACGCUCCUCUCCGCCGAGCCGCACGCGCCCAUCGACCGCACCAAGCUCUCCAAGGCGCUCAUCGCCGACGCCGGCGCCGUCGAGUGGCGCAAGCCGGUGCACAUUGAGCGUGCGCUCAAGGCGACGCUGCGCAGCGGCACGCAGGUGCGCGGCGUCGACCUCGAGCAGCGCGCCGUGCUGCUCGACGGCGGCGAGAGCGUGCCGUACGAGACGCUUGUGCUCGGCACCGGCGGCACCGCGCGCCGCCUGCCCGUGCCCGGCGCCAAGGAGGGCGAGCUAAAGAACGUCUUCACGCUGCGCUCGCUCGCCGACACCAAGGCCAUCACCGAGGCGGGCAUCGAGGGCAAGGACGUCGUCGUGAUCGGCAGCUCGUUCAUUGGCAUCGAGGGCGCCAUUGCCAUGGCCGGCAAGAAGGCCAAGAGCGUCAGCGUCGUCGGCAUGGAGGGUGUGCCGCUGGAGCGCGUGCUCGGCGAGCAGGUCGGCGCCGGCCUGCAGCAGGCGCUCACCGAGAACCAGAAGCUGCACUUCUACAUGAAGGCCGGCAUCACCAAGAUCCAGGGCAGCGGCGCCGCCGAGAGCGUCGUCAUCAAGCUCGACGACGGCUCGGAGAAGACGCUGCCGGCGCAGAUUGUGCUGCUCGGCGUGGGCGUCGCGCCGGCGACGGAGUUCCUCAAGGACAGCAAGGGCUUCCCGGCGCUCGCCAAGGACGGCAGCGUGCACGUCAACGCCGACCUCUCCGUCAAGGGCCUCGAGGGCAAGGGCGUGUACGCGGCCGGCGACAUUGCCUCGACGCCCGAGCGCACGGGCAGCGGCGAGAUGCGCAUCGAGCACUGGAACGUCGCCUCGAACCACGGCCGCUUCAUCGGCGCCGCGCUCGCCGGCAAGCCCGAGUCGGCCAAGUUUGACAAGAUUCCCGUCUUCUGGUCCGCGCUCGGCGCGCAGCUGCGCUACUGCUCCAACGGCAACCAGCCGACGUUUGACAGCGUGCACGUCGACGGCGACGUCGCCAAGAACUCGUUUGUCGCGACGUACGCCAAGGGCGACACGGUCACCGCCGUGGCCACCAUGGGCCGCGACCCCGUCAUGGUGCAGUGCGCCGAGCUGCUCGGCGCCGGCAAGAUGCCCUCCUUUGCAGAGAUCAAGGGCGGCAAAGUGAGCAUCGCGGCCCGUCUCGACACGCCGCCGUCUGCCCGGGCUCAUGCCAGCCUCUGA